AUGCAAUACAUGAAAUUAGAACCCUUUAACCCUGUGGUUAAGAAAGAAGUCAGCAACACCAUUAUAAAUUCACUUGGUGGUGUAUUUACUUGCCCUGACUAUGAUGAUACUAGAUACUGUAUUCAAUAUAAUGAAGAAAAUAAUACAUUAUACUUUAGCUUCAAGAUUCCCAACUUCAAUGAUAUUUAUAAGAUCUCUGGAGAUUACUUGAUGAAGAAAUUCUAUAAAGAAUACACACUUGAAAAAGUUCCAGCUGCAGGUUUUGACAUGACAAUUUCAAGAUCAUUAGACAUAAUAAAAGAAAUACCAAAGAUUAAAAAUCCUACUCCUGAAGAUGAAGAAAAUAAAAAAAAGAUUAAGGAAGAAAAUAAAAAGAAUAUUGAAAAUAUAAGCAACGAACUUGCCAAAUUCCGUGUUAAUUUCUUAUCAUGCCCCUUCCAACAUGCUUUUGACUAAGUUAGAGAAGGAAAGCAACCUAAAUUUACAUAUUCAACAAGAUAAGGAGAUAGAGUAUGGUGCUUGGGUGAUGCUGAAUAAAUCACAUUAUUUUUUGGUUUGAGCUUUUAAGAUAUAGUCGAUAGAAAUAUCGCUAAGCUUAUGCUUGAUGAAUUUGUUGAUAUCAAAAAACAUAUAAAAAAUCCUCCUAGUAUUACCAGAACAAUGGAAGAUUAAAAAUUCGUAUAUCCUUAAAAUCUUAUCGAUGCAUUCCCUGAAUUAAAAAAUAUCAAGGAAGUUUUCUUAAAUGGUCUUAUGCAAUUCACCUUCUUCAAGAAGCAACAUCUCAAUGGUGACACAGACGAAGUUUGCAACUUUUUGGGAACUUUCAGAUAAUAUCUCCACUAUCAUAUUUCAGCUUCUAAGAGCUAUUUGCACAUUAGAUUACUUAAAAACAUAAACACAAACUUAACAAAUCUUUAACGUACCAAAUUCGAAUAAGAAGAAGAAAGAAAUUAUCGUUCUCAAAGAGAUGAAUUGCUUUCUAAUAAAACUUAAGAAGAUACUAAAAAAAAUAUUCUCAUCAAAUAAUGA